UGAAGGAUUCAAAAUCUUGCUGAAAUAUAAAAAAGUGCAACAAUAAUUGUCAUCAUACACACAGCAACACCAAUACCAACACCACCACCGCCAAUGAUUUUGUUUUGAAGAAAAUGAUGAUCAGGAUGACGCCAUCGUUGUUGCCAUCUCGUGUGCUAUCGGAAUCUCCAUAGCCUAAUCCUUCAGUCACUUCUACCGACUUACUUGUGAGAAGCGAGACGCGUGUGAGACGAUUCAGAAAUGCUCUCGUUUGUUUGAGCUGCUUAGUUUCUCUGCAUCAGUGCAUCGUCAAGCCCUAGUUUCGUCUGAGACGGAAAAUGCAGUCCACAGAUGGCGUGAUGUUCAUAGCAAAAGAGAUCUUUCAAAUGAAGGGGCAUUGCAUCAGGUCCUUGAAGAUGUUGUUAAGCUGCAACAUCGAGAACUUACAUGAUGAUUGUUUCGAGGGCUCAAUGGAUGAAAACUACAUUUUUAGAGAUGUGUUCUUUGGACAUGGAGAUGGUAGAGACAGUGACAAUUCAGUCAUGACAAGUCAGCUGGAUUCUAUACAGUGUAGCACCUCUGAAGAGUUUGCUUCAUUAACAAGAAAUGACCCUGAUAUGGAAGUUAAAAGAAGAAAAGUGUCAUCCGAAGAACAUUCUGUUACUAAACCUGUUAAACCUUCUAAGCCAAGAUGGAAAGAUUCUUCAUUUAUCGAACUUGAUAAAGAUGAACUACUAUUUGUCACCCCUAUAGAUUCCACCAUGGAUCCUAAACCUCUUUUGCGUUAUUACACCUAUUCCUUACUUAAAUCAGCAGGUUGGUUAAUUGGGAGGAGAAACAGAAUCACACAUUGUAAAGGGCGUGGAGAAUACGUCUUCAAAUCUCCAGAAGGAAGGCCAAUUCGGGAAUUUUACAGAGCUUGGAACAUGUGUGGACACGAGUUAGUUCAAGAUUCAAAAUAUGAUUGUGUACGUGAUGACAUAAAGUGGACAAAUUUCCCUCAAUUUCAAUCUGAUCUUUCCAAUGCAUUGACCAAAGUCAAAGAAUUGAUAAAUUCAAAAACAGUGACUGAUUUAGCUCAUUGUUGGUACUUACUUGAUCCCUUUGCAAAAGUAGUGUUUAUUGACAAGAGUUUGACUUGUCUAAAAGAAGGGAAAGAAGUCAAAGGAAAGAGAAGUUUGGUCAAUGUUUCGUAUUUGAAAAAACAGAAAGCAAAAAACAAGAAAAAAGGGAAUUAUCAUAUCAAGGACGAUGACCUUUUACUCUCGGCUAUAUUCAGUAAUCGUUCCACUACUACAAAAAAGAACUCUCGUGUUCCAAAAGCUGUGAGAAAGUACAAUACUACCCUUGGUGUAAGAACAGUAUUGUCUUGGUUGAUAAAUCUUGGAGUUAUUCAUAUCAAUGAAGUGAUCCAGUACAGGAACCCACAGGAUGAUACAGUGAUGAAGCAUGGUUUAGUAACACAAAAUGGUAUUUUGUGUAGGUGUUGUAAAAAAGUUCUUUGUGUUUCUGAAUUCAAGAAUCAUGUUGGUUUUAGCGUGGAUAACAACACAUGUUUGAAUCUUUUUAUGGAAUCUGGAAAGUCUUUCACUUUAUGCCAGCUGGAAGCUUGGUCAACUGAAUACAAAGCUAGGAAAAACGCCACACGGGAUGUACAGGUGGCGGUUGACCAAAGUGAUGAUACUUGUGGACUUUGUGGUGAUGGAGGCGAGUUGAUAUGUUGUGAUAACUGCCCUUCAACUUUUCAUCAAACAUGCUUGUCUACACAGGAGCUACCUGAAGGCAAUUGGUAUUGUUCAACUUGCUGUUGUUGGAGUUGUGGGGAUGUAAUCAAUCAUAUUGAGUCUUCAGUCUUUAAAGCUCUGAAAUGUUUGCAGUGUGAACGUAAAUAUCAUUGGGAAUGCGUCCAAGGGAAUGAAAUCGAGGGAGAUUUGGUGGGUCCCACCUGGUUCUGUGGAGAAACCUGUAAAAUGAUACACUCAAGUCUUCAUUCCCUGAUUGGAUGUCGGAAUCCAAUUUCCGAUGGUUUCUCAUGGACCCUUUUAAGGUGCAUUCAUGGUGACCAAAAGGUUCAUUCCACUCCGACUUUCGUUGCUUUGAAAGCGGAAUGCAAUCUAAAACUAGCAGUUGCUCUUACAAUCAUGGAGGAAUGCUUUCUUCCUAUGGUGGACACAAGAACCGGAAUCUACAUGAUUCCCCAUGUAUUAUACAACUGGGGAUCUGAAUUUGUUCGUCUCAACUAUGAGGGAUUUUAUACAGUGGUCCUUGAGAAAGAUGACAUUUUACUGUGUGUUGCAUCCAUAAGGAUCCAUGGGACAACGGUUGCAGAGCUGCCCCUGAUUGCAACAUGCAGUAAAUAUAGGCGGCAAGGAAUGUGCAGGCGCCUCAUGAAUGCUAUUGAAGAGAUGCUGAAGUGGUUUAAAGUUGAGAAGCUAGUGGUGUCUGCAAUCCCUAGUUUAGUUGACACGUGGACAAAGGGAUUUGGUUUUUUAGGUUUGGAAGGUUUUGCAUCGGCUGGUAGACGGCGAUCAUUGCGGAAGACUUGGAUGCCUUCCGAUCAUCAAGGCCUUCAACGCUUGGAAGAAGCAACUGGCCUGGCCUUCAGGUUCAUCAUCGGUAAAACUAAGGAUUCAUCAAAAAUGGCAGAGCUCAGGAGAGAGGUGGAGGAAUACGAUGACUUCUUGCUUUUAGACAUUGAAGAGGAGUACAGUAAGCUCCCAUACAAAACGUUAGCUUUCUUCAAAGCUGCAUAUGCACUUUAUGAUUCUGAUUUUUAUGUUAAAGCUGAUGAUGACAUAUACCUACGACCAGAUCGCCUCUCACUGCUUCUGGCUAAAGAACGCCAUCACACACAGACUUAUCUUGGAUGCAUGAAGAAAGGUCCUGUGUUCACUGACCCAAAGCUCAAAUGGCAUGAGCCACUAGGGUAUAUGCUUGGGAAAGAGUACUUUCUCCAUGCUUAUGGUCCAAUAUAUGCUCUUUCUGCAGACGUUGUUGCAAGCUUGGUUGCUUUAAGAAAUAACAGUUUUCGGUUGUUUAGCAAUGAGGAUGUUACAAUUGGUGCAUGGAUGCUUGCAAUGAAUGUGAAUCAUGAGAAUAAUCGUCAACUUUGUCAACCAGAAUGCACCACUACAUCUAUUGCUGUUUGGGAUAUUCCCAAAUGUUCAGGACUGUGUAACCCUGAGAAGAAGAUGUUGGAACUUCAUCAAAUGAGCAUGUGCUCAAAUACUCCAACUUUGGUAUCAAGUGAGUGAGAUGAGAAUUUUUAGAGUUUAUAGUUGGUUCACUCUUGUAUUAUAUACAAAUUAACAAACACAGUUGUAUCAGAAAACUUCUUUGUUUUUAGGGCAUUUAUCCAGGAUGUAGUAGUAAUAGUAUUCACAAUGUUUGUUGAUAGAAUGUUUUUGGGAGGAAUGAAAUUUGUCAUAGAAACUGGAAUUGGAAUAUGAAGGGUAAUCAUAAUUUUGUCAUGCG